AUCAGUCAUUUGAAAAACACUGUGUUCCACCAGGAUGGCUAUGAAAUGGAUUUUCAUUCUGCUGCUCCUACAGCUGAGUUGUCACGUUCGCCCUGGGUGGUGUGGAAAGGUGCUGGUAUGGCCCACAGAAUAUAGUCAUUGGAUGAAUAUGAAAACAAUCCUGGAUGAACUUGUCCAAAGAGGCCAUGAAGUGACUGUUCUGACAUCUUCAGCUUCAAUUCUUGUUGAUCCAAAUAAGCCAUCUGCUAUUAAUUUUGAGAUUUAUCCUACAUCUUUAACAAAAGAUGAUUUUGAACAUAUUUUCAUGCAAGUACUCUCCAAAUGGAUAUAUAUACCAGAUGAUACAUUUUUUUCUUAUUUUUCACAAAUGCAAGAUAUGUUGUGGGAACUUUAUAUUUCUUUUCGUAAGCUCUGUAAAGAUGUAGCUUUGAACAAGAAACUUAUGACAAAACUACAGGAAACAAGGUUUGAUGUCAUUCUUGCAGACCCCUUUGGACCCUGUGGUGAGCUGCUGGCUGAAGUACUUAAAAUACCUUUGGUGUACAGUCUCCGCUUCACUCCAGGCUCUACAAUUGAGAAGCAUAUUGGAGGACUUCCAUUCCCUCCGUCCUAUGCACCUGUUGUCUUGUCAGAGUUAAGUGAUCAAAUGACCUUCAUGGAGAGGGUAAAAAAUAUGAUAUACGUGCUCUAUUUUGACUUCUGGUUCCAAACAUUUGAUCAGAACAAGUGGGACCAGUUAUAUACUGAGGUACUAGGUAAACCCACUACAUUAUUUGAAUUAAUGAGUAAAGCUGAAAUGUGGCUCAUUCGGACCUACUGGGAUUUUGAAUUCCCUCGCCCAUUCUUACCACAUUUCGUUUUUGUUGGAGGCCUCCACUGCAAACCUGCCAAACCCCUGCCUAAGGAAAUGGAAGAGUUUGCCCAGAGCUCUGGACAAAAUGGUAUUGUUGUGUUUACUCUGGGGUCAAUGGUCAGUAACAUAUCAGAAGAAAGAGCCAAUGUGAUUGCCUCAGCCCUUGCCCAGAUUCCACAAAAGGUUCUGUGGAGGUUUAAUGGCAAGAAACCAGACACCUUAGGACCAAAUACUCGGCUCUAUAAGUGGAUUCCCCAGAAUGACCUUCUUGGUCAUCCAAAAACCAAAGCCUUCAUAACUCACGGUGGAACCAAUGGCAUCUAUGAGGCGAUCUACCAUGGGGUCCCUAUGGUGGGCAUCCCUAUGUUUGCUGAUCAACCUGAUAACAUUGCUCGCAUGCAGACCAAGGGAGCAGCUGUCAGACUGGACUUCAACACAAUGUCUAGUGCAGACCUGCUCAACGCACUGAAGACAGUCAUUAAUGACCCUUCAUAUAAAGAGAAUGCAAUGAGGUUAUCAAGAAUUCAACAUGACCAGCCCAUGAAACCUCUGGAUCGAGCAGUCUUCUGGAUCGAGUUUGUCAUGCGCCACAAAGGAGCCAAACACCUGCGGCCAGCCUCCCAUGACCUCACCUGGUUCCAGUACCACUCUUUGGAUGUGAUUGGGUUCCUGCUGGCCUGUGUGGCAACUGCCAUAUUUGUCAUCACAAAAUGUGUUCUGUUUUGUUGCCAGAAGUGUGCUAACCCAGGAAAGAAGGGGAAAAGGGAGUAG